GGCGUGUGUGACAGGAGAGAGCCGGCAGUUGGGGAGGUCAAAUUUGGACCAGAGGAGUUCUUCCCCGUCAGCCAACUCUCAGGCAAAAGGGAAAGCUGACAAGAUGCUGGUGCCAGUUUCUGUUCUGCUCUUGCAGAGUGGUUUUCCCCCAGGAGGUGCCCUCUGCAGCAUUGCCCCAAAACUCCCCAUCAUCCCCGCCUCCCCCUCAAUGUAUUAGUUAUUAGGAAAGGCAUCCUGUCUCCCCAGGGACCCCAUGCAGCUGCACAGGGGGUAACCCCUUAAGAGCCUUAUGGGGAAGUUCGGGAGAGGAAGGGGGACUGAGCCCAACUCACCCAGUGAGGCCCUUGAAUCUGGGUCUCUCCAGUCCUGGUCCAACUUUCCACUCCAUAUAGAUUGAUUAGAUUAAUAACACAAUCCCACCUUUCCUCCUGCUCAUCCUGCUCCCUCCCCCAUCUGUUAGCUAGGGUUGCAUAUCCUACUUUUUGUAGUAUUUUAUUUGUAUAUUAUCUUUUUAAUAUUGUAAGCCAUCCAAAGUUACCCUGUGGUAAGAUGGAUGGCCAGUAAAUUUAAUAAAUAAAUAGGUCACCUGUAUAGAUCUCGGUUAGGAACACCAAAAACUAAAGGUGUCUUUGGGGGAAUGCAGAGGGUCCAUGUGCUAACUGGCAGUCCAAAUCACAUUUUGCCCUUUUGUAUCUGGAUCCCUACAUAAAGGCAGUGAUAUAACACCCUUUGCAUAAAAUAGGAAGAUUCUCAGUUGAGCUGUGCAACUGAGAUAAAUCCUUAAGUUUGGCUUCUUGAAUUCAUUCUGCCAAAUAUACAUGGGGUUGGGAAAACCUACUCUGAUGAUGCAGGAAGUCUAAUAAGGCCAAAGGGAAGAAGCUGUGCAUCAUUACGCAAAAUGCAGUGUUCCCACCACUGUGAGCACCUACUGGAAAGUCUGAACAGGCAGCGUGAAGUGGGCUUUCUUUGUGACUGCACCAUCAUUAUUGGUGAAUUCCAGUUCAAGGCUCAUCGAAAUGUUCUUGCAUCUUUUAGCGAAUACUUUUGGGCUAUUUACAGAGAUACUUCAGAGAGUAAUAUAUUUCUGGAUCAGAAUCAAGUGAAGGCUGAUGGAUUUCAGAAACUUUUGGAAUUCAUAUACACAGGAGAUUUAAACCUUGAUAGUUGGAAUGUUAAAGAAAUUCACCAGGCUGCCGACUAUCUUAAAGUGGAGGAAGUAGUCACUAAGUGUAAAAUAAAAAUGGAAGACUUUGCUUUUAUUGCUAAUCCUUCUUCUACAGAAACUUCUAGUAUCACUGGGAAUAUUGCAUUGAACCAACAGACUUGCCUGCUAACACUUCGUGACUACAAUAACCAGGAGAAAUCAGAUGCCCCUUCAGUGGAUAUAACUCAGUCUCCAGUCUUAACAGCAGCCUUGGAAAAAAAAUCAGUUCAAUCCAAAAAACGGAAAAAGGCCUUCAGUUCCCCCAAACACCCACCAAGCAAGCCAGUACAAUAUCCAGGUGAUGUUGCAGAAAACUCUGCCAUGGAGAUGUUUUUGGAUGCAAAUAAAUUGGCCACCGAGAUAACAGAACAGGCUGCUCAAGGAGGUGAUAAUUCCGAACUGCAACUUACCCCCGUGGUAGAGAGUGAAACUUUUGCUGCUCAAGAAAUCCUUGUGCAGGCUAUGGCUGUGAAGCCAAAAAAGGGCAAACCACAUCAAAAUUGUGCUCUGAAAGAGCACUGCUUAUCUAACAUCACUAGUGAUAAGAACUCCUAUCAGUUGGAGAGCUUGGGAGAAGACCUGGAUCAGAAAUACCCCAAGGCCAAGCCGGUGUGUAAUACAUGUGGGAAGGUAUUUUCUGAAUCUAGUAGCCUGAGACGGCACAUGCGGAUUCACAAGGGAGUCAAGCCGUAUGUGUGCCAGCUCUGCGGCAAGGCGUUUACACAGUGCAACCAGCUGAAAACGCAUGUAAGAACUCACACAGGUGAAAAGCCAUACAAAUGUGAACUCUGUGACAAAGGUUUUGUUCAAAAAUGCCAGCUUGUUUUCCAUAGCCGAAUGCAUCAUGGAGAGGAGAAACCAUACAAAUGUGACGCCUGCAAUCUGCAAUUUGCAACUUCAAGUAAUCUAAAAAUCCAUGCUAGGAAACACAGUGGAGAGAAGCCAUAUGUCUGUGAUCGAUGUGGACAGCGAUUUGCACAAGCAAGCACGUUGACUUACCAUGUGCGACGACACACAGGAGAAAAGCCUUAUGUCUGCGAUACAUGUGGGAAAACUUUUGCAGUUUCAAGUUCACUCAUCACUCACUCAAGAAAGCAUACAGGAGAGAAACCUUAUAUAUGUGGCAUUUGUGGCAAAAGCUUCAUUUCUUCAGGAGAACUUAACAAACACUUCCGGUCUCAUACAGGUGAAAGACCAUUUAUCUGUGAAUUGUGUGGAAAUUCCUAUACAGAUAUCAAGAACCUAAAGAAACAUAAAUUGAAAGUUCAUUCGGAUGUUUCAUUACCCGAACUAGAUAACAUCAUCAGUGCUGAUCCCGAGUAUCCUUUGGAUUCCAUUGCACUUGACCCUUCCUUCAGCGAGCAAGAUUCAAUUCCAAGUGAGAAAAGCCUUUUGCUGGAGUCUGCUGAUGUGAAGCCUUCAGACAUAUUGCCUCUGCCCAUUGGAACAGAGGACCAUCAGAUAUUGCUACCUGUCACAGAUGGUCAGUCUCCCCCAUCCGACACACUCCUGAGAUCUACCAUCACAGGAUAUUCAGAACCUCAGUUUAUUUUCCUCCAACAAUUGUACUGACAACUGUGAGUGAUGAAAACUCUAGGAAUGCAAGCAUCUCUUAUCAAAAGGAGCUGUGGAUAAGCUAGAUUUCAUCUCAGAUUAGGGACUUUGAGUGAUGCAUCUUUGCUUUGAGUUCAGCUUUUCUGUAAUAUUUUGUUAUUCUAGAACAAAGAUUGUGUAUUUUCACCUGAAAGAAUCAAGAUUGCAUUUUCUAGGAGAUAAAAAAAAGCUUUUGUUUUUCUUCAACAUCUGCCUUAAGAAUUCUAAACCAUUUAAUACGGGGAAGAUCCUUCAGUGUUCAUGCAGAAACUAAGCCAAGGUAUUCAAACUAAAAACAUUGAACUGAAAUAAGGGAGGAGUCUUUUUAAACUUUAAAUGACUUAGCUUUUGAAGUAAACAAACCCAACAAUAAUUGAAAGCAACUCUGAAAACAGCCAAUAUAGAUGCAGCAGCUGCCCAGUAUGUUCCAUGGAGUGUUGCAGAUACAACUGGAUGCCAGUGGACAAAAGAUGGGGAAGUUGUCCCAUUUCCAAGAUGUCAACUUUUCUGUCAUGGACAGUAAGGAUCUUGGGACAGAGGAUGCUAUCUGAAGAAGAUGCUGUUUCUCCAGAAGCAGAGAUAAAUUUGAAUGAGGGAUUAAGUCAUUGGAUAUAGAAAGCUGCAACAAUGAUUACUAUGUAGACCACUAGAUGAAUUUCUUGUCUAAAGAGAAAUUUGCAAAGUUGCCUAUAUCAGCUAAAUAGCCUGAUAAGUUAUUAUCAGUGAUUCUGCUAUGUAUUGGCUCCAUCGAUAAUGAAUAAUAUAAUUAUAAUGUCCUUGAAGUCAGAUUUCAGUUCUUAGGGAUAAAAUUCAAAGCUAGAAUCACCCAAAGUAAUUUUUUUCUGACUUGCUACCUAUUCUAUAUGGAUUCAGAUAGUCCGAUUACUUGGUUCCAGUUUCAGAUAUCCCGGGCUUGAAAACUUUGGAAUGGCUUGGUUACAAAUUUAAGAAAAGCUCUUCUGGUUUAUCAGUAUUCUUGCAAAAAUUAGUAGCUUUCUGAGAGGGUUGUUAGUUUGUUCUGUCAUGUUAGUUGUAGAAAAAGAAUUUUAUUUCUUCCACAGCUAUCAGAAAAAUGAAGGGGCUGGAAGAAGAAAUACCUAGAAUCCAUCUUUUCUCUGGGACGCUAUUUGAUCACUGCUGUGGAAAUAUUUGUGCUCACCCAGUUUAAAAUUUUGAGCGGUUCAUGCAUACCAAAUCAGUUUCUAAAUACAUAACUGAAUUCUGAUCAAUCCUUUCUGAUGGAUUAUAAAAUCUUUGCACAACAAGAGCUGCCCCAAACCCUAUGUAAUAUCCACACUGAUCAUUUCUAUACUGCUAAAGGCAUGUUGGGUUCUUUUUUUCUUUUCUUAAAAAGCAAUUCCCUUCCAGUUGAAAUUCUUAGCAAAAAUUCAAUGCAAGCUCUAGAAGUUGUUCCUUCCUAUUUCCACAGAAGAGUCAAAAAUGACAAAUCUUUUUUUAGCUCUUGUUGGCAGUUACGUUUUUCAUUUAGUAAUACCAAGUGUUUCUGUGAGGAGAUGCCAAGUGGCUGACUAUUUUUUCCAGUCACUCCUUGCCAUAUACAUGUGCUUUAAGGAGCUCUACAUUGUAAAAGAAUUAACCUGCUAGUUUCAACCAAAGAUUCAAUUUAUUUAGAAUUCUGUCUUCAUGUUUUGACUAGGAGGUGCUCUUAAGAAAUUGCUGAUAAGUACAUGUUUUUAAAAAGGGCUGGUAAGUUGACAUUAAACAGAGUAUGAUCUCUUAUUUUUCUUUGUAGACCUUAGGAAAUACAAGCCAGGAAUAUUGAAAGAGAUGGAGAAAUGUUUGAAUAGGAUUCCAUUCUUUUACAAAUUUAUUCAAUGGAGCAAAUGCAAAUUCAUUGUGUCAUAAGAAAAAGUACAUUUAUUAAAUGCAUAGUAGUUUUAGCACUAACACAACCUCUACCCUCUCUCUGACAACUAUAUCAAAUUCAAAUUCUGAUUUGGCUAAGAUUUGAAGUACCCACUUAGAUAGGCUUACGUAGGUGUAUGGUAUUAUGCGCAAAACUAAAUAUAAUCCAGUAACUAGGAAUCCAGAUUCAGACAGAGUGAACUGUAUUCCUUACAUUGCAUAAUUUUAAAGGAACCAAUACAUUUUGCCCUCCAGUUCCUGUAGGCAAGAGAUCUGUGUGCCGUGUGGUAACAGAGCUAUAUCCCAAUUAUUGAAUCUGGGAGUUUUUAGAACUGUAUGCAAAGGAUGAACGUUGCCAUUGGAUGUGAAUAUCAUUGCGUAGACAUUUGACACGAGUAAGACCUAGAAAAAGAGAAGAGUUUAAAAGGCAUCUCCGUGCAUUUUUCAGGACCAGGAGAGCUAGAGACUCAGUAAUUCUGAUUUUAGGAACCAUGUUCCUAGCCUGAUGCGCUUGGUUGGUAAAUCCAAUAAUCUUCUCCUGAAUCUUCAAAAAAUAAGAAGGAUUUUGCUCUUGGUAACAGCAGCCAAACUGCUGUCCUAAUGAACAUCAACCCAAAGUCAAGUGGUUUUGGUACGUGUUUCGUCCCCCCAGUACCCAAGAACAUAAUUAGCAUUGUUGGAUUCAUUUAGGAGUUACAGUUUAAGGAAGAGGGAAAGGAGGGUUAUCUCUGUGAGGUUUGGCAACCACUCCCCAUAUUUUUGAAGAUGGAGAGAACCUGGUUAUUUUUUUCUUCUGAUAGAUAUUUUUCUGAUACACAACCUGACUUUUGUGGUAUAAUUUUGCUUAGUGCUGGUGAUACUAAGCUUCAAUUAGCACAAAACAAAAUCUGAAAAGUGUAUGAAGAUACUUUUGGGAUAUACUUCUUUGUAAUAUCAUUGUAAACUACGUUCUAGGGAAAACAGAUGAUUUGGGUCACUCUUGAAUAUUGUUUCAGAAUUCCAAAAAUCUUGCCCCGGGGUUUUUUAUUGGAUUGUAUUUGACUAUUUAAUAUUUAUAUAUUUUUUUUCCUUUCUACGGUUUGUGGUUUGUACAUGAAGCAAUUUUUUAAAAGAUCAUUUUUAUCUUAUACACUACAUAGGCUCUGGGAGAGCUGAAAAUUAUUGCAGCAAUAACUGAAUAUACAACCUUUUUUUCCAGUUUGAAGUUUCUACUGUGAUACUUGGAAAAUUUGGACAAUUGAAUGAUAUCUUUUUCACAAAUCAUGGUUUCUGCUGGUAUUAAAAGUACUAGCUGCAAGGAUUUGCUGGAUACUGUAGAGAUUAUGUCACAAAAAGGGGUAUGCUACAUUUUGUGCAUAAAACUUCCCCCUCUAGUUUGUGGGGGGGGGGGAAGAUAGAAGGAAGAGCCAACUGCAUUUUGGACUUACACUAACCUUCCGGUUGAUGACCAGUUAUUUGCUGUGAUUCAACAACCAUUAAACAGAGGUUUUGAUGCUGAUGAGGAAUGCUGCCUUCAUGAAGAAAAGGGAUGUUCAGACCUUUCCUUCAUCUGCAUGUUGAGCUCUUGGCUGAGAAUGUGACUUUUGCCAUAGGUCAGUCGCACAAUUGUGGGCAUUCCGAAGACUUUUCUGACUUACCCCCCCCCCUCCAGUUUAAAUUAUUUCUGAAAUAUUUUUCUCACGUAUUUACAAAUCUUUUUCGUUCAUGGGUAUAUAUGUAUGUAUGUGUAGCUGACUUCCUGUUUUUGUACAUCCCUCCGAGGGUAUACGUACAUAGGUUGCAAUAUUUUAAUGUUAGAUUUGAAUAAACUGGUUUUGUAAUA